CCAAAACAGCAGUUAUGAAGAAACAUGGAGUAUCGGGACGCCUGAAUCUUAAUAGACUCCGCCCAGACGUUAACGGGUGUUUACCUUCGGUGGCUCAACCUCUCUCGUCUUGCUCCUUCUGCUUCAGUGACACCCGUUUCAUUCUGUUCAGUGUGGCAAGUUUGGUUCAAAAAAUGACCGACACUGGAGAGGCCGACGAUGAAUUUCAGUUUCUACGAACGGGAGAUGAAGUGGUUUUGCAGAGCAUCUUCACUUCACAGGAUGAACAUGUGAAGCUUUGUCUUGCUGCUGAGGGAUUUGGCAGCAGACUCUGCAGGCUCGAGCCUACGUCUAACUGCAAGAAUGUUCCACCAGACUUGUCUGUAUGUGGCUUUGUCCUGGCUCAGUGUCUCUCUGUUAGAGCCUUGCAGGAGAUGCUGACCCACAGUGCGCACCUGGCUGCAGAGGUGGGAGCUGGAGGAAGCCAUCGCACCCUUCUGUAUGGCCAGGCAGUGUUGUUUCUACACUCAUACAGUGGCAUGUACCUCAGUUGCUUGUCUACAUCCCAGUCUUCGACUGACAAACUGGCUUUUGAUGUUGGUCUGCAAGAGGAUAAAGGAGGGGAGGCAUGUUGGUGGACCAUCCACCCAGCAUCCAGACAGAGAUCAGAGGGUGAGAAAGUGCGUGUUGGAGAUGACCUCAUACUAGUCAAUGUGUCCUCAGAGAGAUAUCUGCACCUGUCCUUUGGCGCUGUACAUGACAACAAAAGCUUAAGUGACAGCCUGAUGGUUAAUGCAGCCUUCCAACAAACUCUCUGGAGUGUUGCUCCCAUCUGCUCUGGAGGUGGAGUUGCUCAAGGAUACCUGAAGGGGGGCGACACAUUGCGGCUCCUCCACAGCCAUAGUGACGCAUGUCUGACUGCUCCGUCUGCAGAGCAGGGAGAGGAGCUGCAAAGGAUGAUACAUUAUGAGACUGGAUCAGUCUCCAGCCAUGCCCACUCCCUCUGGAGGCUCGAGAUUCUGUGUGUUGUUUGGAGUGGUAGACAUACAUGCUGGGGACAACCUUUCCGACUCUGCCAUAUGACCACUGGAAGGUAUCUGGGUCUUACAGAGGAGAAAGGUCUGAUUCUAGUUGAUCGGGACAAGGCUGACAUCAGCACAACCUCCUUCUGCUUUAGAUCCUCCAAGGAGAAGCUUGACUCUGGCACUAAGGCUAAUGUGGAUGGCAUGGGGAUGCCAGAAAUCAAGUAUGGAGACUCAGUUUGUUAUAUUCAGCAUGUGGACUCCAGACUUUGGCUGACCUACCAAGCUAUUGAUGUGAAAUCUACACUUAUGGGAUGCGCUCUGCGAAAGGCCAUUUUGCACAGCGAGGGUCACAUGGACGAUGGGCUAACACUAUCUUGUUCUCUGAGGGAAGAAUCUCACGCUGCUAGACUCAUCCGGACUGCUACUCUCCUCUUCACUCUGUUUAUCAGGAAACUGGAUGGAUUUAGCCACCAAACAAACUUCACAACUGACCUGCCAAUGGAGAAAGUGACAUGUAGUCUGCAGGAUCUAAUAAACUAUUUCCAACCUCCACCAGAGGGGCUAGACCAGGAAACUAAACAAAGCAGCUUGACGGCGCUAAAAAAUCGGCAGAAUAUGUUUCAAGAAGAGGGUGUGACAGAUUUGGUCCUAGAUUGUAUUGACCGUCUUCACCAUUAUGGCAGUGCCUCUCAUUUUGCUGAGGCUGCUCAAAGUGACACAGGAGAAGAGUGGGAGCUCCUUAUCACCCGUUUUUAUGAACUAUUGGCUGCCCUGCUACGGGGAAACCGUGUAAACUGUGCGCAUUUCUCAGGUUCUCUGGACUGGCUACUUAGCAGGCUAGACCGCCUGGAGGCCUCUGCUGGUGUCUUGGAAGUUCUACAGUGUGUCCUAGUGGAAAGUCCUGAAGCACUCAAUGUCAUCAAAGAAGGACACAUUAAUUCUGUCAUCUCUUUUCUAGACAAGCAUGGAUGCAACCACAAGGUGCUGGAGGUGCUGUGCUCUCUGUGUGUGUGCCAUGGUGUGGCGGUGCGAUCCAAUCAGAACCUCAUAUGUGACAACCUGCUGCCAUAUCGAGACUUGCUGCUCCAGACACGUCUGACUAAUCGGGUCACCAGCAUGAGACCAAACAUCUUCUUGGCUAUGGGGGAAGAUUCAGCCCAGCAUCGGAGGUGGUACUAUGAGCUGAUUGUGGAUCACGUUGACUCCUUCCUCACGUCUGAGCCCACGCACCUGCGUGUUGGCUGGGCUUGCACUGAAGGCUACCGGCCCAGGCCCACAGGAGGUGAAGGCUGGGGGUGCAAUGGCGUGGGAGACGACCUCUGCUCCUUUGGCUUUGAUGGGCUUUACCUCUGGGCAGGCUGUGUAGGCCGCAGAGUGACCUCCCCCUUCCCUCACCUGCUGAAAGAUGACGAUGUGGUCAGCUGCUGUCUCGACCUCACUGCCCCCUGCAUCUCCUUCAGGGUCAAUGGUCUUCCUGUGCAGGGCAUGUUGGAGAACUUCAGUGCUGAUGGACUUCUUUAUCCUGUGGUCAGCUUCUCUGCUGGAGUCAAGGUUCGUUUUCUUUUCGGGGGAAGGCAUGGAGAUUUUCGCUUCUUACCCCCACCAGGUUUUGCUCCAUGCUCUGACGCUUUGCUCCCAAGAGUCAAGCUGAAGGUAGAACCAUGUCAGCAAUACAUCUUGGAUCAUGGAGAAGGGAAACAAGAGCUCAUUGGCCCCUUAGUACCUGCCACUCCAGUGACCUUUACUCCCAUGCCAGUGGACAUCAGCAAGGUGGUACUGCCCCUGCAACUUGAGUAUAUUCGUGAGAAAUUGGCUGAGAAUAUCCAUGAACUCUGGGCAAUGGAUAAGAUUGAUCUUGGAUGGACCUAUGAAACUGUGAGGGAUGAAUUGAAGAGGCAUGAUCCCUGUCUGGUGGAGUUCUCCAAGCUGUCAGAGCAGGAGAGGAACCAGAACCUUCAGAUAGCUCAGGACACCCUCAGGACCCUCCUUGCCUUUGGUUUCCACCUUGGUUUGACUGAAGACCACGCUGAGGAGAGAGUCAAAUACAUGAGACUGGCCACCAAGUAUGAGCUACCCAGUGGCUAUAGACCUGCCCCAGUAGACUUGAGCCAGGUUUUUCUGAGCCCAGCCCAUGAAGAAGUGGUGAACUUGCUGGCAGAGAAUGAUCACAAUGUAUGGGCCAGAGACCAUAUCAAGCAGGGAUGGACAUAUGGAACCCAACAGGAUGUGAAAGCAAAGCGGAGCCCGCACCUCGUGCCCUACAGCCUUCUUGAUGAAAGGAGUAGGAGAGUGGGCAGAGAAAGCGUCAAAGAAGCUGUCUGCACCCUGCUGGCUUACGGUUACAACCUGGAGCCACUCAGCCAGGAGCAGAUUACCCUAUCAAAUCCAUGUCUCUUCUCUUCUGAGACGUGUAGAGUGUUCAGACCAGAUAAGUCAAACGCUGUAACCCGAGGGAAAUGGUACUUUGAAUUUGAAAUAGUGACAGCAGGGAAUAUGAGAGUAGGCUGGGCCCGACCAGGCUGUAGCCCUGAUAAAGAGCUGGGCUCAGAUGACCAGGCAUAUGUCUUUGAUGGAUCAGAGGCUCAGUGGUGCCAUCAGGGCGUUGACUCCCUGGGACGUGCAUGGCAGAGAGGAGACGUGGUGGGCUGCUUAGUGGACAUGGCUGAAUGCACCAUGAUGGUCACGCUCAACGGAGAGGUGCUGUUCAAUGACAGAGGAUCAGAGCUGGCUGCCAAGGACUUUGAUAUCAGAGACGGCCUGUUGCCUGUGGUCAGUGUUGGGGUAAACCAGGCUGGGAGGAUAAAUCUGGGCCGCAGUGUGGGCUCUCUGCAGUACUUUACUGUGUGUGGCCUGCAGGAGGGCUAUCAACCAUUUGCUGUUAACAUGGCCAGAGACCCAGCCAUGUGGAUGAGUUUUAAUCAGCCUCAUUUUACCUCCAUAAGGCCUGACGAUCAAAAUUUACAGGUCACUAGAGUCAGUGGCUCAACGGAGUCCUUAUCCAGCCUGAGGGUCUCUCAGCGGUUGUUUGCACAUCACGGUGGAGCCAGUGAGAUGGGCUUUUACCGACUCAGCAUGCCCAUUGAAUGUGCUGCCAUCCUCACAAUCCCAGCAGGGGGCGUGUUGCCAGUGCCCUCAAACUGUCUCUCUUCAGGAAGGAAAGAGCAGGAGGAUGUGGACUCUGACUUUGAAAUGCUGAUGAAGUCAGCCCACAGUUUUGCUGGCUCAAGAGAUGAGCUCAGCCAAAAGGAUCAUAGUCAAGACAAAACAUCAAGACUGAAACAACGGUUUAUGCUGAAGAGGACUAAACCAGGCCUGGUCAGCAGCAGCUCAUCUGCACGGCUUCUAGAAGAUGUUGUAGUUGACAAAGACAACUACAAUGACCUUAUCCAGAGCACCAGAUAUUAUUACUCAGUGCGAGUUCUUCCAGGCCAGGAACCAUUCAACGUGUGGGUCGGCUGGGUGACAUCUAACUUCCGUAAACACGAUGUGACUUUUGACACUGACAGUGUCCAUACUGUGACUGUCACCCUCGGAGACGACAGUGGCAAAGUCCAGGAAAGUGUAAAGCGGUGUAACUGUUACAUGGUGUGUGCUGGAGAGGCAACAGGCCUGUCUCAGAGUCGGAGAAGUUCGGGGUUGGAAAUUGGCUGUUUAAUCGACACAGCCACUGGGCUGCUCACCUUUACCUCCAGCGGAGUGGAGAUGGCCACCUUCUACCAAGUGGAGGCCAGUACAAAGCUGUUUCCUGCAGUGUUCGUCAAGCCAACCACCAGCAACAUGUUUCAGUUUGAACUGGGACGCAUUAAGAAUGUGAUGCCACUGUCGGCAGGUUUGCUUCGCAGCCAAAGAAGGAACGCCACUCCUCAGUGUCCCCCAAGGUUUCAGGUCCAGCAUCUCAUCCCAGCUUCGUGGACCAGAGUACCAGACUGUGCAUUAAAAGUGAUGGUAGAUCGCCCAGAUGAGUGCCAUGGAUGGAGAGUCCAAUGCUCAGAGGCCCUGCAAGUCAUGACCCUUCAGAUCCCUGAUGAAAACAGGUGUGUCAGCAUUUUGGAGCUGUCGGAACUCGAUGGCCUCUUGACCUUUCACCACCACACUCUCCUCCUCUACUGCUCUCUGUGCACCCUUGGAAACACCAGAGUUUGCCAUGCGCUCUGCAGUCACAUAGACCAAGCCCAGAUCCUUCAUGCCAUUCAGAAUCCCCGACUCCCUGGCCUUCUCCGCUCUGCAUUUUACCAGCUGCUUAGCGAGGUUCAUCUCAGCAACCAUACCACAGCAUGUCUCAUGAUGGACCACGAAUACAUCGUGCCGAUGACUGACCAGACCAGAGAAAUCACCCUUUAUCCCGGCCUUGCUAAGGGUGUUAAUGGGGAAAACGGUAUUCCAAGGACAAGUCUUAGCACAUCCCUUAAGCCACAGAUGCAUUUCUCAUCUCCUUGUUUUGUCAGGGGCAAUGGGAUAGAAGACGAUUGUGCAGUUAAAAUAACCUGCACAGAAAGCCCAGAAAUCCCUCUGGACGUACUGAAGAACCUGACUGUGGAGAUGUUUAUGGCUGGAGUAUGGGCUGUGGGUCAGGGUGUGAGGGAUCCUGUAGGAGGCAGCACUGAGCUUCUGCUGGUUCCCCUGUUAAGACUGUUCUACACUCUCCUGGUUAUGGAAGUGUUUAGUGAUGAGGACCUAGGAAAAGUUCUGACACUGAUAGAACCGGGAGUCUUCUCGGCAGAUCCCGGAAUUCCACAGGAGGAUGAGGAUGAAGAAGAUAGUGAUGAUGAAAAAGAAUGGAAUAGUAGCAGGGAAAAAGAUGAUAUGCCUAAACAAGGACUUCUUCAGAUGAAGCUUCCAGAAGCUGUCAAACUUGAGCUCUGCCAUUUGCUGUCCUACCUGUGCGAUUGUCAGACUCGCCAUAGGGUAGAAGCUGUGGCUGCUUUUUCUGACACCUUUGUGCAUCAGCUGCAGGAGAACCAACGCUUUCGCUACAACCAGGUCAUGCAGGCACUCAACAUGUCUGCCGCUCUCACUGCCCGCAAGACCAAAGAGUUCCGCUCACCUCCACAAGAGCAGAUCAACAUGCUACUAAGCUUCAGAGAGGAUGGGCUGAACUGUCCUUGUCCAGUGGAGAUCCAACAGCUCCUGCAAGACUUCCAUCACCACCUCAACACACACUGUGGCAUUGAAUUGGAUAGUGACACAAACGAUGACGAGGACGCCGAGAUGUCUGUAAAAGACCGACUUCUCAGUUUGGUGGCGAGAGUGACUCGACUGAAGAAGAAACCCAUAGAAGUGGUGGAGAGUAGACCCCAAAGUGCCAAGUCCCUAAAACAGCUGAUCUCUGAGACCAUGGUGCACUGGGCUCAAGAGACUGAGAUAGAGAACCCUGAACUCGUUGAGGCUGUAUUCUCAUUGCUUCACCGUCAGUAUCAGGGCCUUGGUGGCCAAAUGGCAGGGCCCCUCUCCAGGGCCUAUACGAUCAGCCAGACCUCGGUAGAGGACACCAUGGCUCUUCUGUCCUCUCUGAGCCAAAUCCGCUCCCUUCUCAGUGUCCGGAUGGGCAAAGAGGAGGAGAGGCUGAUGAUCAGAAAACUAGGAGACAUCAUGAAUAAUAAAGUUUUCUACCAGCACCCCAACCUAAUGAGGGCAUUGGGAAUGCAUGAGACUGUGAUGGAAGUGAUGGUGAAUGUUCUAGGAGAAGGGGAAUCAAAGGAGAUUGCCUUUCCCAAGAUGGUGGCCAGCUGCUGUCGAUUCCUGUGUUAUUUUUGCCGCAUCAGCCGUCACAAUCAGGGAGCUCUGUUUGACCAUCUCAGCUACCUGCUGGAAAACAGCAGUGUUGGACUAGCUUCACCAUCCAUGCGUGGGGCCACUCCUCUGGAUGUGGCAGCAGCCUCUGUUAUGGAUAAUAAUGAACUGGCCUUAGCACUCAGGGAGCCUGACUUAGAGAAAGUGGUUCAGUACCUGGCUGGCUGUGGUCUCAAGAGCUGUUCGAUGCUGGUGGCUAAAGGCUACCCUGAUAUUGGGUGGAACCCUGUGGAGGGCGAGCGUUACCUGGAUUUUCUACGUUUUGCUGUUUUCUGUAAUGGUGAGAGUGUAGAGGAGAACGCUUAUGUAGUGUUGAGGUUGCUGAUUCGUCGACCCGAGUGUUUUGGCCCUGCCCUGCGAGGUGAUGGAGGAAAUGGUCUUCUAGCAGCCAUGGAGGAAGCCAUCAGAAUUUCGGACGACCCCUCUAUGGAUGGUCCUUGCACUACAUACCAGUCCAACAAAACACUAGAUGUUGUCCAGAACAAUAAUGAUGACCUCAUUCACAUGGGGCACGCCAUCAUGACCUUCUACUCAGCCCUUAUUGACUUGCUUGGCCGCUGUGCUCCAGAGAUGCAUUUGAUUCAAGGAGGCAAAGGAGAAGCUAUCCGCAUCAGAGCCAUUCUGAGGUCACUCAUCCCCAUUCAGGAUCUUGAGGGGGUCAUCAGUAUCUCCUUUCAAAUCCCUUCAGUGUCUAAAGAUGGUCUGGUGAUUGAGCCGGACCUAUCCACAGUAUUCUGCCCAGAACACAAGGCAGCUAUGGUUCUGUUCCUGGACCGAGUUUACGGCAUUGAGAACCAGAGUUUUCUGCUCCACCUACUAGAAGUUGGCUUUCUGCCUGACCUUCAGGCUGCUGUCUCUCUUGACACUCAGGCUGACUUAGGAUCUACUGAUAUGGCCCUGGCCCUCAACAGAUACUUGUGUGCAACUGUACUUCCCCUUCUCAUCAAAUGUUCAGCUCUCUUCUGUGCUUUGGAGGACCAUUCCUUUCUGGUGGAUUCUCUCAUCCAGGCAGUCUAUAGUCUCUCCAGAGCUCUUAGCUUGACCAAAGCUCAGAGAGACACGAUUGAAGAUUGCUUGUUGGCUGUUUGCAGUAAACUCCAGCCAUCUAUGAUGCAGCCUCUUCUUCGUCGUCUUGUCUUUGAUGUUCCCCAUCUCACAGAUUACAGCAAGAUGCCACUAAAGCUCUUGACCAGUCACUACGAGCAGAGGUGGAAGUAUUACUCGCUAACUGGUGGGCAGGGUGAUCAGGGUUUGGCUUCUGAAGAGGAACUCCAUCUGUCUAAAAAGUUGUUCUGGGGUGUGUUUAAUGCCUUGGAAAAGAAGCCCUAUGAGCCUCAAUUAUUUCAGCUGUGUGUCCAGUGCCUGGCUGCAGUAGCCAAGGCCCUGCCUCCUGACCACGUAGACUCAACCUGCAUGUCCCUCACGGACAGAAAAGCCUCCGUGGACACAGAAGGACAUUUUGACCCCCAGCCUGUAGAUACCUCCAACGUGUCGAUGCCAGAGAGAUUGGAGUUUGUAGUGAACAAGUAUGCAGAGCAUACUCAUGAGAAGUGGUCACUGGACAAGUUCGCUAAUGGCUGGGUUCAUGGGGAGCAGCUGUGUGAGAACACAAAGGUUCACCCUCUCCUUAAGCCAUACAGGGCUUUGGCUGAGAAGGAGAAGGAGGUAUACCGCUGGGCCAUCAAAGAGACAAUAAAGAGUAUGCUGGCAUUUGGAUGGACCAUAGAGAGGACCAAAGAAGGAGACGCAUUUGGCAUGCAUACCUGUGCACGCAGAGUCUCUCAGUCUGGACAGCUGUCCUUUGAAGGAGCAUCAAUGUUCAGUCCCAAACCUAUGGACAUGAGCAGCAUCAUCUUAUCAUGGGAUCAAUGUGCAAUGGCUGAGCAGUUGGCUGAAAACUACCACAAUACCUGGGCUAAAAGAAAGAAAUUCGAACUUGAGAGUAAAGGAAGGGGUGACCAUCCAUUGCUUGUACCCUACGAUACCCUGACUGCCAAAGAGAAGACCAAAUUCAGAGAAAGGGCUCAGGAUGUCCUGAAGUUCCUUCAGCUCAAUGGCUACACUGUGUGGAGGGAUCGGAAGACAGUGGAGAUGGACUUUCCAGCUGUAGCCUGCUGCUUUGGCUACACUCUCCUUCAGCGGAUGCUGGCUCACACUGGGGAUGCCCAAGAGCACAUGUUGGAGCUGGAGGUGAUGCAAGCCAGAGGGCAGAUCUCUAAAGGAGAGAGAGCUUCACAUCAGCAACCAAUACAUUUUUUUUCCCAGGUUAUCCUUCCUCUCUUAGAACAAUAUGUGAAGAGCCACUGUCUGUAUUUCCUGUCCACUUCUCGCCCCUCAAGAGGUAAUAGAAGCCAUGGCUCAAAAAAAGAGAAAGAGAUGAUUGCCAGCCUCUUUUGUAAGCUUGCAGCUCUAGCAAGACACAGGAUCUCACUCUUUGGAAACGAAGCCUCCUCAGUUGCAAGCAGCCUCCGUGUUUUGGCUCAGGCUCUGGAUGCUAGCACCUUGAUGAAGUCAGCCCCAGAGUCCAUCCAGGCACCUCUUCAUUCGUUCUUUGAGGCAGCUGCAGCUGAUCUGGAGCAGACUGUGGAGAACCUUUCUGUGACCUUGGUGUGUUUGCCUCAGAGUAGGAAUCAGCAGGCUAGAGGAGCGGCCAGAGUUCUCAGCUACACAACCUCCAUUCUUCUCCCCACACUUACUUCUCUUUUCCGACAUCUCGGCAUCCAAAACUAUGGAGUAGACCUCCUGGUGGGGAGUGUCCAGGUGUCCUGUUACAGGAUCCUCAACAGCCUCUACUCUCUUGGCACUAGUGGCAGCAUCUGCAUGGAGGGGCAGAGGCCAGCAGCAGGUGCUUGUCUGGCAGCCCUGGCUGGAACUUUUCCUGUGUGCUUCCUGGAGCCAGCACUAAACCAAAACAACCCUUGCUCGAUCUACAACACCAUGGAUGCUACUGAGAGAGAAGACCUGGGGCUGCCUGAUCAGGUCGAAGACAUGUGUCCCCUCCUGCCUUCAUUCAAACAGGCUCUGAGAGAAGUGGAGGAAUUGGCAGGUGCUGGAGCUUGUCAGGUCCACUACAUCCAUGUCACAGAGGUCACCUUACCCAUGCUGUGCAGCUACGUGUCCCAUUGGUGGUACUGGGGCCCCGAGGGCCACCUAGACAGCCCCACCUGCACUUCUGUCGUUCCUCAGCAUGCCAGUGACCUACUUGGCCACAUCCUCCGUAUCAUCCAAAACCAUGUGGGUGCUAGCCAGGUUGACUGGAUGAAACAGAUGGCAGUUUUUUCUCAGCCAAUAAUAUGCAAAGCCCGCUCUGAGCUGUUAAAGAGCCACUUCCUGCCAUUGAUGGAGAAGCUGAGAAAGAGAGCAGAAUGUGUGCUGCUGGAGGAGGAGCAGAUGAAAACACAAGGGUGUGAUGCUUCUGAAGCAGAGUUACAGAUACAGGAGAAGUUCACGGUGCUGGUGCGAGACCUCUAUGCCUUCUAUCCCCUUCUCAUCCCAUUUGUGGAUUCUUAUCGAGCCAGCUGGCUGAAAGAGCCGAACCCUGAUGCUCAACAGCUGUUCACGAUGGUAGCAGAAGUCUUUAUAUUCUGGGCCAAAUCUCAUAAUUUCAAAUGGGAGGAACAGAACUAUGUGGUCCAAAAUGAAAUCAACAACUUGGCUUUCUUGGUCAACGACGACAGAAUGUCCAAGUUCGAUCGUGAGAAGAGGAGACUGAAGAGGAAGGGUGAUCGUUAUUCUGCACACACCUCUCUCAUUGUCGCUGCCAUGAAGAGACUGCUCCCUGUGGGACUCAGGGUUUGUUUUCCAAGCGACCAGAGCUCUAUCAUGUUGGCGAAGAACGGCUUCACUCAGAAAAACACUGAAGAUGAGAUUCGAGAGCACAUUCUCAGUUGCCUUACACAUCUUCAGAAACAGGAGUCAAACUGUUUGAGGCAGGAGACACUUUAUGCUGAACAUCCAAGCCAGCUUGGGGCCUUCACUGAAGCCCAAAGGACUGCAGACAGGAUUUUGGAAAUAGCUCGUGUCUUGUAUUACCUGGACCAGGUGGAACACCCGCAAAGAAGUAAAAAACCUGUGCGGCACAAGGUUUUAUCCAAACAGAGGAAACGAGCAGUUGUGGCCUGCCUGAGGAUGGCUCCCCUCUACAACUUACCGAGGCACAGAGCUGUCAAUCUGUUCCUACAGGGCUACAAUAAAUCCUGGAUAUCAGCUGAGGAUCACAUCUUUGAGGAACAGCUCGUGGAGGAUUUAGCUAAAGGAGGAGUGAUGGAGCUGUUUGGAGGCAAUAGAGAGGAAGAAAAGGAUCUGGAAGACGGUGCCAAACCAAUCGAUCCCCUUCUACAACUCAUUACACUCUUCAGUCGAAGUGCCCUGAUGGAAAGGAGUAAGCUUGGAAAUGACAGUCUCUAUCAGUCCUACGUUGCUAUUAUGGCCAAGAGCUGCCACAGAGAGGACGAUGAUGAGGUGGAAAGCUUUGAAGAGAAGGAAAUGGAGAAACAGAAACUGCUGUACCAGCAGGCCAGGCUGCAUCAUCGUGGAGCUUCUGAGAUGGUUCUUCAAACCAUCAGUGCCAGCAAAGGGGCCAUGGGCUCCAGGAUUGCACCUACAUUGAAGCUGGGUAUUGCACUUCUCAGCGGAGGGAAUGCCACUGUUCAACAGAAAAUGCUGGAUUAUCUGAGAGAGAAACGAGAUGUCGGCUUCUUUCAGAGCAUGGCUGGACUCAUGCUGUCCUGUAGUGUUCUGGAUCUGAAUGCAUUUGAGAGGCAGAACAAAGCAGAAGGAUUAGGCAUGGCCGUGGACGAGAGCUCAGGAGAGAAGGUGAUGCCUGACAAAGACAUAACCUGUGACCUGUUUCGUUUCCUACAGCUGCUAUGUGAAGGACACAACUCAGAUUUCCAGAAUUACUUGAGAACACAAACAGGCAACAACACCACUGUCAACAUCAUAAUAUCCACUGUGGACUAUUUACUGAGAGUGCAGGAGUCAAUCAGUGACUUCUACUGGUACUACUCAGGGAAGGAUGUGAUUGAUGUUCAUGGCCAGCACAAUUUUUCUAAGGCCAUUGAAGUGGCCAAACAGGUCUUCAACACACUCACUGAGUACAUACAGGGCCCAUGUACCGGGAACCAACAGAGCCUAGCUCACAGUCGUCUGUGGGACGCUGUCGUGGGAUUCCUCCAUGUCUUCGCCCACAUGCAGAUGAAGCUCUCUCAGGAUUCAAGGCAAAUCGAACUUCUGAAAGAGCUCAUGGAUUUACAAAAGGACAUGGUUGUUUUUUUGCUUUCCAUGUUAGAAGGUAAUGUUGUUAAUGGAACUAUUGGAAAGCAGAUGGUUGAUAUGUUGGUGGAAUCAUCAGGCAAUGUGGAGAUGAUCCUCAAGUUUUUUGACAUGUUCCUCAAACUCAAAGACCUCACCUCCUCAGAUACCUUCAGAGAGUACGACCCUGAUCACAAGGGCUGCAUCUCCAGGAAGGACCUUCAAAAAGCCAUGGAAAGUUGCAAGCGUUUCUCCCAAGUUGAGACUCACUUCCUGCUCUCCUGCGCGAAGACUGGCAACAGUGAAAUUGUGAAUUAUGAGGCCUUUGUGGCUCGCUUCCAUGAGCCAGCCAAAGACAUCGGUUUCAGCAUUUCUGUUCUCCUGACCAACUUGUCUGAACACAUGCCCAACGAUUCAAGGCUAAGAACAUUCUUGGAGCUGGCAGACUGUAUCAUGACUUACUUCCAGUCCUAUCUAGGGCGUAUUGAGAUCCUUGGCAGUGGGAAGCGCAUUGAACGCGUCUACUUUGAGAUCAGUGAAUCCAGCCGCACACAGUGGGAGAAGCCUCAGGUCAAAGAGUCAAAGAGGCAGUUCAUUUUUGAUGUGGUCAAUGAGGGUGGAGAAAAGGAGAAAAUGGAGAUGUUCGUCAAUUUCUGUGAGGACACCAUCUUUGAGAUGCAGCUUGCAGCCCAGAUAUCUGGCUCUGACGCUGGAGAGAGGUGUGCUGAAAAAGGAGGAGAGGAAAAGAGUCAGAAUGAAGACGAAAGGCUGGGCAACGAAGGAAUGUCUUUCAUGUAUCGUUGGUUGUUGCUGCUGAUGUCUGUGCUUUCUGUCAAAAACCUGAAGACACUGAUGGGGAUGACUCUGAAGGAUAUCCUGAUGGCAGCUGUUUUUCUCCUCAGAUUGAUUUUUAGGGCUCAGGUCCGGUGUAUUUCUCUCAUAAUUCGCAGCAUCAUAUAUGUGCUCUAUGUAGCCUUUGUAAGUGGUGGACUCAUAGAGGGAGCCAAAAGGAUGAGGAUAUCAGACUUGCUGGGUGGGAUCCUUGAGCCAACUCUUGAUGAGGUCAUGGGGGUGCCAAGUGGUGUGGUUCGGCUCAGGAAACACUCUGCCAGUUUGUCUUCCCAGAGAGAAUUGAGGGAGAGCAGGCAGGUGGCACCUGUGAUCUCCCCCAGGGAGGUGGAUGUACUGUCGGACAUAUUUGGCCUCCGAGUGAAGAAGGAAGGAAGUCAGUAUAGACUUAUAACACAAGACCUCACCGCCAGUCUGACUGACUUGUUCAGCACAACUUCCAGAACAAUUGCCACUGCUGAUUUUCCUGACAAGCAUCAGGAGAUGGCCCACGCCACCAAAGAGGAAAAAAGAGAAGAUGGGAAAACACCUGAUGAAAAAGGAAAGGAAUCUGAGGAGAAAGCUGGCAAGGAGAGAGCAGAGGCAAAAGGGAGAGCCAAGAGAUGCUCUAACAAGUCAGAGGACCCAGAGAGCCAACAGUCAGCCCUCUGGGAAAUGAUAAGCGCUCAUAACAAAAGCCUGCUGAAUUAUUUUGCAAGGAAUUUUUAUAAUAUGCGCUUGCUGGCUCUGUUAGUUGCCUUUGCAAUCAACUUCAUCCUCCUUUUCUACAAGGUAGCAUCCUUGCCUGCAUCACAAGAAGACGAAGGAGGAGUCACAUCUGUUUACCAGGAGGAACUGGACUCUGCUGCUGAAGAUGAUGAUGACGAUGGGGACGCGGUUUAUUUUGUGCUUGAGGAGAGCAGUGGUUACAUGGAGCUGUCGCUCCAUUUCCUUGCUGUAGCACACACAAUCAUCUCCUUCUGUUGUAUUAUCGGCUAUUACUGCCUCAAGGUACCACUGGUGAUCUUCAAACGUGAAAAGGAAGUGGCACGAAAGCUGGAGUUUGACGGGCUGUAUGUGACAGAGCAGCCCCCUGAGGAGGACAUCAAAGGGCAAUGGGACCGACUGGUUAUUAACACACCGUCUUUCCCAAGUAAUUACUGGGAUAAAUUUGUUAAGAGGAAGGUGAUGGAUAAGUAUGGUGACUUCUAUGGCUGUGAGAAGAUUAGUGAACUCUUAGGUCUGGACCAGGCUGCUUUAGACUUCAGCUUGGACAGAAAAGAAAGGAAGAGGCUCAAGAGAGACACUGCCUGGAGUAAUCUAUUUAACUCCAUUGACGUGAAAUACCAGAUCUGGAAACUGGGAGUUGUGUUCACUGAUAAUUCCUUCUUGUACUUAGCCUGGUACAUGCUCAUGUCAGUUCUGGGUCAUUUUAACAACUUCUUCUUCGCUGCCCACCUAUUGGACAUCGCCAUGGGCUUUAAGACACUUCGUACCAUCCUUUCCUCUGUCACACAUAAUGGGAAACAGUUGGUCCUGACUGUGGGCCUGUUGGCUGUUGUUGUGUAUCUCUACACUGUCCUGGCCUUCAACUUCUUCAGGAAAUUUUACAACAGGAGUGAUGACAAGGACACCCAAGACAUGAAGUGCAAUGACAUGCUCACUUGCUACAUGUUCCACAUGUAUGUGGGAGUGCGUGCGGGUGGGGGUAUUGGUGAUGAGAUCGAGGACCCUGCUGGAGAUGAGUUUGAGGUGGAACGCAUCGUCUUUGACAUCACAUUUUUCUUCUUCGUCAUCGUCAUCCUCCUGGCCAUCAUCCAGGGCUUGAUAAUUGAUGCCUUUGGGGAGCUGCGUGACCAGCAAGAGCAGGUGAAAGAAGAUAUGGAGUAAACAAGCAUUACCACCAGUGACGAGAGGAGUGCCUUCAAAAUUACCAUUUAGAUUGGACAACUCCAUGCCAAGAGAAAGCCAAUUACACAUAGAGGGCUUGGUAAAGAAAAGGGCUAGAGGAAGUAUCCCAGCAGAUGAGGUGUGUUUGCAUCACUCUUUUGAAUGCUGUAUCGCACCAACAUCUUCUUUUCAUUUCCAAGGCUGUUACUUUAAAAAUCGGCAAAGAAAAGAGUGGAUUUUGUCUCUGUAGGGCAGCUCUCGCAGUGAUCCAGCCACUGAAAUUUGAAAAGAGCCAGGUGCUGCCUUUAAUAAUUGAAACUGGCAAAUUGGCUCACUCAAAGGUAAGCUCCAGUAGUUUGGGGAAAUGACCCAUUUUCCACCCAAGUGGAAUUAUGUGCUUUUCAAAAAAUCUACUUUGAGGAGCACUUGUUUAUUGGCAGGAAUUGUUAGGAAUUACACAUCAGUUUGGUUUUUAUCGUUGCGCAGAAAUGGAGAGACUAACCUGAAGCCAAGAGAGAUGAAUAUCAAUAUUAUUCUUAAUCAUCAUUGUGUUCAGUUUCUAAAGCCUUUAAUACGGAGUCUCAAGCCUGGCUUGGUUUAAAAGAAAAAGUCGUCAAAACUGUUUUUGUAUCCACAGCUGUCUGGACAUCUGCCUGCUCAGCUGCUACCCUUAGCUUGUGUGUGAGUGUGUACACGUUUUGAAGAAAUUCAGUAGAUCAGUAAAGUGUAAUUUUUGCAUUUACCAAUUUAACUGCUCAAAACUUUUAAUUCGAAUGAGCUCCAAGAAAACUUUCUGUGUUUUAUUAUUGGUCUAAAAAUUUGUAAAAUUGCACACAAUUCCAGUGAGUUUCUCUGCCAUCAAUUAAUAAGCUUCUGUUUAUGGACUGUGUCAAAUGCUGUGCUUUUCAAUGUGUUUUUCCACUUUGGCCAGUCCUGUCUUCUUAUGUUCAUAUACAGUUGAUGAGCAACAAAUAAGAAGCAUAUCGUCAACCAAUUACUUUUUCUCUAAACUUAAUGAGAGAAUGUAAUAUAUGUGGCUAGUGACAAAAAAUGUACAGUUAAGUAUUGGCAGACAGCAUAUUUUAUUUGUUUUCCAAAACAUUUAACCAAAUAAACUUUCCCUAACCUUAACCAAAGUGCUUUUCUUGCCAGAACCUAACCGCAGACUAGAAUCUGGAGUCAAACCGUGGUUUCUGGUUUUCAUACAUCCAGCAGUUUAUUUUGUCAGAUAAAUUUCAUAACAUAAUAAAUUACAAAAUAUAUAAAUACAUUGAUUGAAGUGUAAUUUCUAGGAGACAGGGUUUCUCAGGUUAUAGAAUAUCUGUGAAGAG